GCUUCCAGUGCUGCUUGCUCUCGACAUCAGUCGUCGAGCCACCCGACGCUCCCGAUCUCCACGCCCAUACCGCUGACCGCUGAGGUCUCAAUCUCGACCAUGGGCCGAUCCAACUCGGCGCGGCCCCCUGCCAGCAGGAACGGCUCGGGCAACGCAGUUGUUUCUGCCAACUCCAAGUCUAAGAAGGUCGCCAAGCGCCAGGACUUUGGUUCCGACGGUGUCACCGACAACGAUGUAUUCCUCCUCCCCGGCUCCGACUUCCAGGUGCUCGUCUUGGUCACAAUCAUCGGCGCCGUCGUCAGACUCUUCCGUAUCUGGCAGCCGACCAGCGUGGUUUUCGAUGAAGUCCACUUCGGUGGUUUCGCGACGAAGUACAUCAAGGGCAAAUUCUUCAUGGACGUCCACCCUCCGUUGGCCAAGCUCCUCAUCACGCUCUUCGGCUGGCUCGCGGGCUUCAAGGGCGACUUCGACUUCAAGGAAAUCGGCAAGGACUAUAUCGAGCCUGGCGUACCCUACGUAGCCAUGCGCAUGUAUCCCGCCAUCUGCGGUAUCCUGCUCGUCCCUACGGUGUUCCUCGCGCUCAAGGCUGCUGGCUGUCGCACCCCUAGCGCUGCUCUUGGUGCCUCUCUGAUCAUCUUUGAGAACGGUCUCCUCACCCAGGCCCGCUUGAUCCUCCUCGAUGCGCCUCUCGUCGCUGCUACUGCUUUCACGGCCUUGUCGUGGAUCUCCUUCUCCAACCAGCAUGAGCAAGGUCCCUCGAAGGCUUUCCAGCCUGCGUGGUGGUUCUGGCUGGCCAUGUCCGGCCUGGGCAUGGGCAUCACCCUCAGCAUCAAGUGGGUUGGUCUGUUCACCAUUGCCUGGGUUGGGUCCUUGACCCUGGUCCAGCUUUGGGUUCUUCUCGGUGAUACCAAGACCGUCACCAUGCGUAUCUUCGCCAAGCACUUCCUCGCCCGCGCUUUCUGCCUUAUCGUCAUUCCCGUCAGCUUCUACAUGGCCAUGUUUGCGAUCCACUUCCUGUGCCUCGUCAACCCUGGUGAUGGAGAUGGAUUCAUGAGCUCUGAGUUCCAGGCCACGCUGAACAGCAAGGGUAUGCAAGAUACACCCGCGGACGUUGCCUUCGGUAGCCGCGUCGCCAUCCGCCACGUCAACACUCAGGGCGGUUACUUGCACUCCCACCCGCUCAUGUACCCAGGAGGCAGCCAACAGCAGCAGAUCACUCUUUACCCGCACAAGGACUCCAACAACAUCUGGCUCCUGGAGAACCAGACUCAGCCAAUCGACGUCAAUGGGCUGUCCAUUAACGGCACGGAGGCCUGGGACAAGCUGACCAACAUCACCGAGAACUACAUUACUGACGGCAGUGUUAUUCGUCUCUACCACACCCCAACUUUCCGCCGUCUCCACUCGCACGAUGUUCGCCCUCCGAUCAGCGAGCAAGACUGGCAGAACGAGGUCUCGUGUUACGGUUACGAGGGUUUUGAGGGUGAUGCGAAUGAUCUUUUCCGCGUCGAGAUUGUCAAGGGCCAGUCAGCGGGUGUCGCCGCCAAGACCCGUCUUCGCACAAUUGAGACUAAGUUCAGGCUCGUCCAUGUCAUGACUGGUUGCGCACUGUUCUCCCACAAGGUCAAGCUGCCAGAAUGGGCUUCGGAGCAGCAGGAAGUUACCUGUGCUAAGCAAGGAACACUCCCCAACAGUAUUUGGUACAUUGAGUCCAAUGACCACCCUUCCCUUGGAGCAGACGCCGAGAAGGUCAACUACCGCAAGCCCGGUUUCCUCGCCAAGUUUUGGGAGAUCCAAAAGGUCAUGUGGCGCACGAACGCCGGCCUCGUUGAUUCUCACGCCUGGGACUCCCGCCCUGACUCGUGGCCCAUCCUUCGUCGUGGAAUCAACUUUUGGGGACGCAACCACCGCCAGAUCUACCUUAUUGGCAACCCCAUCGUUUGGUACACGUCCACCCUGGCCGUCGUCAUCUACAUUCUGUUCAAGGCUGUUGCCGUUCUUCGGUGGCAGCGAAGCUGUGGUGAUUACUCCAACACAACGUUCAAGCGCUUCGACUACGAGAUUGGCGCCUCUGUUCUGGGCUGGGCUCUCCACUACUUCCCAUUCUACCUGAUGAAGAGACAGCUCUUCCUACACCACUACUUCCCCGCCCUUGUGUUUGCCAUUAUGGCCUUCUGCCAGAUCUUUGACUUUGCCACGACGAGAAUUUCUGGACCGCAGAACCGGCCGAUCGUGAACAAGUUUGCUGCCAUCACCAUUCUCACUCUCUCUGCCGCCGCGUUCGCCUUGUACUCUCCACUGGCUUAUGGCAAUACCUGGACUAAGGCCGAGUGCAAGCGUGUGAAGCUCUUUGACACCUGGGACUGGGACUGCAAUACAUUCCUUGAAAACGUGAGUAUUCCCCCACAAGGCUUGCCUGACCGUCAGAGGGGUUGAAGCAAAGUGGAAUUCGCGUCUGCCAGGGGUUUUGGAUUCGAUACCACACCAGCGCAACCACUAGAUCCAAACCGC